AUGGCAGGUUUAGUCUCAGUCUCAGCCUCAGCCUCAGGCAUAGACGCAAACGCAGACGAAACCAUGCGCCUUGCCAUCGCCCGCUUCCGUAGCAGAAUGGCGGCCGCAAACCAAAAGUUUCUCCAAGACCGCAUCAAUGAAAUUGAAGCGAAAGGUCUAGCAACUGAAAAGGAGAAGCGCCGCCAGCUCCGCCAGUACCGAUGGAUGGACAAUCUCGAAUGGGACGACGAUGCCCCUGAGACGCGUGGGAGGCGCGAUGCGAUCAGGAUCCCACAACAGACAUCAGUCAAAGACCUCGAUAUCUAUGCUAUUGUCAACGCCCCACCAUCCCAUGAACCGGUCGACGGCGUGAUCCCGCCUCUACUGCGCACAGAACAAGGGCGGCAGAUGUACCUCGACACAGUACAGCUUGUGUGCCAGCGGCAGGCAGACGAGAUCGUCGCCGAAGACGACGUGGAGCUCGACGUCGCGUGCAUGUAUCACAAAGACCACAGCCUUGUUCCUGAAGUAUGCGCAGGGGUGGUGGACAUUGACUUCCGAGACUCGGGGAUUGCGCCAUUCUCACCGGCUUCGUGGAUCGGGGUCAAGAGCGAGGAACUGGAUGGACUUGACGAGGGACAGAGACGUGCCAAGUUGGCGGAUCCGGAACUUCUAAAGCGCGAGCAAGAGGACUUACAGCGGGAGCUGGAAGAUGAAUUGUCGAAUGAGUCGCUGAGGGCGUGUAUUGACGAGGACCUGGAUGUCAGGGCUGGCUUUAUUACCGGCGUUGGAAAUAACCGGUUGUACGAAUGUCCGGAGUGGUAUAGUGCGUACGUAUACUGCCGGCUGUGGACGGAUGACGACGAGAAUGAUGGCAAGCACAGGGAUGGAAAUAUCCCGGAUACUGCCAACAUCCGGGAUUGGCGGUGGCGGGUCGUUGUUUUCAAGGCGGAUGUUGUCAAUCCUAGCGUUCUAUACGGCCGGAAGGCGCGCUUUGAUUCUAUUCCAGAAUUUUUGGAUUGGUACGCCAGCUGGCUGGACCAUCUAGAUGCACGGGGGGCUACUUUCUCUGCGGCGUCACGCUUUAGGCUGCGAGACGGACUGCGAGUUGGACUGUGA